UUUCAUAUACAACAAUUAUAAUACAUAGUACCCUUUUUCAGCGUCGGUGUCUUAACGCCCUUGUCUUCCAAAUUCUCAUUCACUUCUCUCUCUGAGAGAGAGAGAGAUGGAAGAGGAGCAGCUGGACUAUGUGCUGGUACCACUGGGUCUGUUGGUGUUUGGAACAUAUCACGUGUGGCUGCUCAUCACCAUUCUGCGUUAUCCAAUUCGAACUGUCGUUGGCCUCAAUGCUCAGUCUCGUCGCCAAUGGGCCUUAUCCAUGAUGACUGACCCCUUGAAGAAUGGUGUUUUGGCUGUUCAAACCAUACGCAACAACAUAAUGGCAUCUACACUGUUGGCAACAACAGCUAUUACUUUGAGUUCUCUGAUCGGUGUAUUUGUGAGCACAUCAUCAAACUCUGGCAACACAGCAUCGAGAUUAGUUUAUGGCAAUAAGACUGCAUUUCUCUCUUCGAUCAAGUACUUUGCUAUCUUGCUUUGCUUUCUGGUUGCCUUUCUCUUGAAUGUGCAGUCAAUUAGAUACUAUGCCCAUGUUAGCUUCUUAGCCACUGUGCCCACAUGGAAGGGUCAAAAGGAUUAUAUCGAGUACGUUGCAAGAAACUUGAACCGAGGAAGCUACUUCUGGUCCCUUGGAUUAAGAGCUUUCUACCUCUCAUUCCCUCUCUUCCUCUGGAUAUUUGGACCCAUACCCAUGUUUGUGUGUUGCUGCAUUAUGUCCUGUGUUCUUUAUUUCUUGGACACAAGCACUAGUUUUACAAGACAUCUUCACACUAACUCUCUCAAAGGGGUCGCAUACGAUGAUGUGGAAUCAGUUGGACAACCGUCAUGAUAAUAAGGUCUUGGAAAUUACCUUUUUUUUUUCUUCUUAAUCCUGUUCAGAUUUAUUAGAAUAUUAGUUGGUUUAUUAAAUCUUAAGUAGAUAGAUCUUCUGUAUAUUUUUCGUAACUGUGUACGUAUGUUGGUUCCUGCUUUUGGAUUUUGGAAAGCAUGUAGUUAAGACUUGAGACCUUGGAGGCUAUGGGAUGCAUUUGCUAUUUGAAAA